UUCAGAUCUGAAAGCUUGUCUCUCUCACCAACAGAAGUCGGUAGAAUAAAAGCUAUUCCCUGCCUCACUUGGGGUCUCUGAUCUCCUGGGAUCCCGAGGGCUGCACUCCCUUCUUACUCACUCUGUCAGUUUAGACUCCAGUCCGCGCCUCAUUUACGCAACAUCCGCUGGCUGCCUUAUUGCAAAGCGAUUGACCUGUGCAACGCAGGGUGCUCAAGCGAAAGUUAUUUCUGCUCAAAGCCCUGGAAGCCCACGCUGAGACCACCUCCCCCCCACGCCUGCCUCGCCGGCUCCCAGCUCGGCUCUAGCGAACGGCUGGGUCUGGCUUCUGUGGGUGUCCGGUGAGAAUAGCGGGGGCGGAGGCGUCCCCUGGCUUGUUUUACCUAACGGGAGACGCGCUCCGACAAAGCAGCUGUCGCCGCAACAUCUGGCAGGAGGCGGGGCCUGCCUCCGGCCACGCUCCCCGGGCUCCUGGACGGCGUCUCCCGCGUUGGGGCACUUGGAAGCAGCUCAGCCCGAGCCAGCCAGCAGCGCCCUCCCACCGCCAGCCCCAGCAUGCCGGGGGCGGCGUUCCCCGGCUAACCCCCCCCCCUCCCCCGCUUGUUUGCUCCGCAGAGUGGCCCGCGCGGGGCUGGGGACGGUGACAGGAGACGGAGUCCAGCAGCCGGGCAGGCACCUGCAGUCCCUGUCAUGAACUGAUGGGAGUUAGUGGACAGCUGUGACAUCAUUAAGAAGGCCUAAGAAGCCAAUCGCAACAUGCCUUUGGACAUUCCAUUGAUCAAAGCCUGACUUUAAUAAAAUGUGAUGGAGGAAAAGAAAAAGGCAGUAUCAAUUAAAAGUUAGCAAUAUGACAGGUCUGCUAGUCAUGAAACGGAUUCUGCUGGUGGUUUUACUGGCUGCUGCUGCUAUGUAUGUUAUACUUCACUGCAAUCUGUGGAACACAGAUGUCUAUUUACUGCCGCCUACAGCUACACAAAGAAAAUCUGGACUAGAAAAUUGUUCAUCGGCCCCACCAUUUGAGUCUUUAUGGAAUGGUCAGAAAAUAUAUCCAUUCCUAUGUGUUAAUGACUUCAUGAAACUAGCACUGUCCAAUGGAAAUGAUAAGAUUGAGUUACCUUAUGGAAUAAAGAGAGCAGAGAGUUAUUUUCGCCUCGCCCUUUCAAGACUGCACAACUGCGGACUAUUCAAUGAAGAUAAUGGUGUGAUCUGUAGAAGGUGUGUUGUUGUUGGUAAUGGAGGAGUACUUCGAAACAAGACACUGGGGGAGAAAAUUGACUCCUAUGAUGUGGUAAUAAGAAUGAAUAAUGGUCCCGUCAGAGGGUAUGAAGAGGAUGUUGGGAGGAGGACAACUUUCCGACUUUUUUAUCCAGAGUCUAUUUUUUCAGAUCCAAUUCACUAUGAUCCUGAUACUACUGUAGUUCUUCUUGUCUUCAAACCACAUGACUUAAAGUGGCUCUGGAACAUAUUGAAUGGUCAUAAAAUAAACACUAAUGGUUUCUGGAAGAAACCGGCCUUGAAAAUGAUCUAUAAAGUUAACCAAAUCAGGAUACUCGAUCCUAUCAUUAUCAGAAAAACAGCACAUGAAUGGCUUCAGUUCCCAACAAAGUUUCCCAGAAAAGAAAAACCCCAACAUCCUACAACAGGGCUAAUUGCCAUCACACUGGCAUUUCACAUAUGCAAUGAAGUUCACCUGGCAGGCUUUAAGUACAACUUCACUGACCGAAACAGUUCUUUGCACUAUUAUGGCAAUGAGACCAUGUCUGCGAUGAUUGAGAAUGGAUACCACAACAUCAUUGCUGAGCAAAAGUUUCUGAAGUCGCUUAUAGAUAAGCAGUUUGUGGUCAGCUUGACAUGAGACUGAAUAGACAAUGGAAGAAUGAUCACUAUUUUCAACAAGAUAGAUUUUAUUUUUUGUACUGUAUUUUUAUUUUUUAAAUGCCAUAUCUGUUACAGAAAUAUUUAAAAGAAGCACAGAUGCCUCAUAAAGGUGGUGGUAGCGGAGUUCCACUGUCUAAGACUGAUGAUGAUUGUCGCUAUCUCCUGGCACACAACUAGAGUGAACUGAUUUCUGUGAAUCUAUUUAAUUAUGAAAAAAUACGACCUUCAGCUAAAAAAUAUCAGGGAUAUAUAAAAAUAUGAUGCACACCAUUUAUUUAACAAUAAGAAAUUUUUUCAGCAACUGAUUUCUUUUCCGUAUCUUCCUUUCCUGUUGCCCAGAGACUUGGAAGGCUAUGAGAUAAUUGAUAAAGGGAUACAAAGUCUUUCACCUCUCUGUUCUGGUUUGAAAACAAUUUGGGAUAAGUGUAUCUGCAAAUCAUUACUAUCUGAAGGGUAUCUAGUAGCUGUACAGUAUAUAAAGUGCAUUUUAAUCUCAGUCCACCUGGGCAGAUGUCCAUAUCAUAGAAAAUCACCUUCAUAAUUCACACAGGCUGGUGUUUUCUUGUUGUCUGUCUCAACAAACCGACCCCAGACUAAACUGCCCAUGGACUCCUGGAUGUAGCAUGUGUACACCUGGGUUGGAGAUCCACUGGUAUAACAGUGUGGGGAAGUCUGGAUUGAUGCUGCUCGUGCUGUAUCUAAUUUAUGGAUACAUUUGUUCUCAGUGCUGCCAGUCUGAUUUAUUUCACAAGCACUGAAUUCAUCUUUAAGAGGUAAGCACAAUCUCCUUUAAACUGUGGAGUUCUAGAAGAGUUUUAAAUAUUUGAGUUGUCUUGGCACCAUUGUGCAGUAUUGACCAUUUUAAGAUGGAUUCGCAACCAGAACUCCCCAAUGAAUAUGAACUAGAAUCUUGAGUUUGUAAAUUAAAAUUUAUUUUAAACAAAAUGUCUUUGAUGCAUAGAUUUCCCUCCCCCUCCCCAAACACACAUACUCUGGAGGCCUUGACACUUCUUAUUCUCCCAAAGAUGAAGAUGUAUUUUCCAAAACAGCACAGUUCCCUUCAGCACAGUUCCCCUCACCAUAACAGGUAACUGUGAAGGGUUUCAAGAGCACCAACAAAUCAUCACAUGUACCAAUUAUCUUUUAUAUUGUGAGCAAAGCAGCAUCUGAGACACACAUUGACCAAUUCUGGGAGUUACAAUUUUGUUUUUAUCUGGCAAUUCCUUUGUCCUCCUUUCCUUUUCUUUUUUCCUGUUCUCUUGAGUUUUAGGCAGUGUGUGUGUGUGUGGGGGGGGGGGGGGUGCGUGUAUGAGAGAGAGAGAGAGAGAGAGGGUAACAGUUUCAAAAGCACCUAAAUGAUUUAGGAGACUAAACCCUAUUUUCAAAAGUGAUUUAGGUACUUUGGAGCCUAAAUCCAAAGUCCUAAGUGCCUAAGUCAUUCUGAAAAUGGGGCCUAGACUUCUAAGUAACUUAGGGUCUUUUGAAUUUUUUUACUCAGGAUCUUUAGCUAUAAGAUAUUUGGUGGGAUGGUCAUAUAUUGUGAAUCAGUUGUCUCCGAGAUGUCCAUGGUAGCUCUAAGUGAAAUCUGCUUGAGAAUGUCGCGAGGAGCUAUGAAGGUCUAAGUGGCAAAGUAAAAUUCCAUUCUAAUCAUCCUAUAAGGUACAUUAGUCAUGAAAGGUAUGUUUUAAAACUCUGUGGUCAAUUGAUCAAUCUUCUAGGAAUCAGAAAAUCACAAAGAAGUAUGCUUCAAAAGAAUUUUGAAAGUGGAUAAAAUAAUCCAAUAUUCCACAGCAGUAUAUAUUAAUUUGAACAGAGAUUAAUCUAACAAACUGGGACCACAGGAUUACGUUCUUCAGAAAUGAGGGCAUGAAGCAAAAGACUGAAUUGUGCUAUAGAGUAUUGAUCACAAUUUCCUAGCAUCAUAAAUGUAAAAGUAAACAAAUACCUGGUUUAGAUGAGAGUGGAGUGGUCAAAGAUUUUCUAUUACCCAUUUUCUAUUUCUGUCUGUCAGAAUUGUUACAAGUAUUAAAAAAAAAAAUUGAGUCUCACCCUCUUUUUUUUUUUUUUUUUUUUUUUUUUUUAAGCUGCUUGGUUCUAAGGAGUGCUAUAUAUUUUUUUUACCCUUGAUGGUCUCAGAUUAAGCUUGUUGGAUUAGUCAGGCUUAGGCUCUAGUGAGGCCACAUCAUACUACAUUUUGUAAGGACAUGAUGAUUUUGAGUAAUUCCAAAUGUCUUUAGAAGGUGAUAUUGAGGCUCUUGCUCUGUUAAUCAUGUUUCCACUAUUUUUCUCAUCUCCACACUGCCAUCAUUUUUAGGCCCUUACACAAACUGAUACAUUGUUUGUCACAAGACCUCUUGAAACUGGCCAGCAUUUAUUUCAAUUAAUUUAAAAGGCUUGUCUGUGUGGAAAGAAAACCAUGAGGAAGUUGCAUCAGAACUACAGUCAUUAUUUUUAUGUGUCUAGUGCUGUUGAGAGAGGUUUUUAUGUAAUUACUACGUGUGCGGCUUUCAAAAAGCAUUCAGCAUCACCGUUGGCCUAACUCUGCUGCCCUUGAAGACAUUGGUAAAACUCCCACUUCAGUGGAAACAGAGUUAGGCCAAAAGUGAAAAUUCUACCUUAUAAAACUAAGAAUGUGGCAGCCUCAUGCUGGUACAACUACAUGAGGUCUCUUAAGUAUCUGUAUAGAACCCGUUACGUUCUGGUAGAAUGUAGGCAGUACAGACUUGUACCAAAGUGUCCAACUGUAUCAAAGUGUCAGCGUUUAGUAUUACAGGAUCGCUUUCCAAAAUUAGCUAUAUAAUUUUCCCUUUCUUUUUGAGAGUACCCUGAUAUUUAUCUUUGUCAUUUCUCUUUCCUUUCCUCUCCACCUUCUUCCUCAUUGAAGAAAGGAUGUAGCAACACAUAGCUUUGGAGAAGUGAUUAGUUCCUCAUCUACACUUGUUCUUCAAAUUGGUAUCGUCCAUAAAUCUACUCUCAUCCACCUACAUCUUUUCUUAAGUUCCUGUCAUAAGGUUUUUUGUUUGUUUGGAGACCUAGUAAUAAGUUAUUGGUAGGUUUCAGCCAUAAGAGCUGACAAUUGGGGUUUGUGACAGUCUCGUUAUUCACUUAAACUAUACACACAUCGCCAAAUGGUGACAACCGGAAAGGGGGAGAUGGUUGUGAGGGAAUGCAAAGAGAGCAAAGUUACGCUUUCAGAGCUCCCCUAAUACAUGGUCUGAAUGCUAAAUACAUAGAGCAGAGGGUACUGUCUUCAGAAAGCAUCAUUUAUGGGUAAGUAAUUUUAUCUUUGAUACUAAGCAGUGAAAUAAUUAUGACAACGAUUUUUUGGUAGCAUAAUGCAGGCUUUAUAGAAUUCUGUGUACAUUGGACCUGUUUCUCCACUGCCAUGUACUCAGCGCAGUCAUUUACACCCAGGGAAUACUGAUACAGCGUGAUUUCAAAUCAGAAUAGUAGUGUUUUGCGCCCAUGUUGCACAGAUGUAAAUACACAAGGUGCUAGGUAGUGGAGAAUCAGAAUCAUGGUGUCUGUUUUAAAUAUAACACUCAUUUUUAAGGUUAACCUGUGCCACUGUUAUUCCAACUUGGCUUGAGAUUUUUCUCUUUAAAAAUAAAUUGAGCAACUAAAGCAGGAUCUUUUUCUAAGAUUUGCUUUCAUUCUCAUUUGGUCUAGAGGGUACAGAAUCUACAAUGGGCCACUCUAUUGAAAGCUGCUUUUUAAUUUGAUAGCUGCAGCAGCACAAGUUGGAGUCUUCAAUGUAUGAAUUCCAGGGUACUGCAAGCUGUACUUCCAUGUACAGUGCCAGCAUAACUGUGCCAAAUAUUAAUGAAUUUCCAUUUUCCUUCUGUCAGCUGCAGUACUUCAACUGUAACAAUUAAGGGCAAUUCUGAGAUGUAACUAAAAGGCAAGUUAUAGAUUAAUGCACUAAGGAUGAAUCUGUGAGUGUUUAAUGCACAUCUGUAGAUUACAUUUCAAUUGAAAAUAUAUUGUUCCUAUUUUGGAAUGACAAGAAGAGUUUAAUAAUUAAUAUGUGAUGUGUCUUGUUAUGUACGCAUUAGUAUACUUAUCUUUUUUUCAAAUACCCCUAAAGGGCACCUUUAAAUAUUUUCUUAACCUAAAACAUAGGAGCAGGGGUGUUGUUUGUGUGUCUGUGUUUAAAUAAAGUGUAUAAUUUUAAGAAUGUGAAAAAUCAAUGUUUUGUUUUUCUGGUUUCAGUAAAUAUUUGAUUUCAUUUGCUGUUUGGCUUGAUUUUUAUGUGCCUUUUAAUACAAGCUUUAUUUUGACAAUCAUUGGCUGUUAACGAGUAUGUUAAGUGAAGUUUUGAAUAUUGUCAGAUUAUUUUCCAUAUAAUAAAUCAGUUUUAAGGAUACUGCCCUCUUCAGGCACAUUUUAGCAAAUCACAGCGCUAGUCCUCAUUACAGCACUAUAUAAAUGAUGUAUAGUGGAUCUAUCACUGGCGUUCAGUUGACAUAUUUAAUUUAACAAAAGAGAUGUCAAGUUUCUAUGGUGGUGGGUAGAGAAACAGUGAGGGAAAGUGCCAUCCAUGUUACUUUAACAUGAGCUGGAGCAUAGUGCAAAAGUGAUACAUUCUAUCAGAACUGGCAGCUUUUGCUUUCUCAAAAUUGAAGGGCAGGGCAAAAUCACUCUUUUGGGGAAGAAUUACACUUUAUGCAAAUCAGGUUUCAACUACGCUAUGCUAAGCAAAAUGUUGUCACGGUUGGUGAUGGUAAAUUGUGUCAAAGAAAAAAAUUCUCUUAGAGGCAAUGUUUUCAUGAGUUUUUAAUCUUCAUGAGUAGUGUCUGGGAGCUCAAUAGGAAGAGCUUGAGGAAAGAAGCAGCUCACGAGAGACUUCAAAGGAAAAGCACAGAGAGAAAUACUAAGGAACAUAUUGUUUAAUGCUUCAGUGCUGUUCGGUUUUUUUCACUUUUCCCCCAUGAAUUUGAGUUUGGAAAAGAAAAAGCCCUUUCUUCAGUUUGUGGUUUUAGGGAUUCUGAGUGUGACU